GAGAAGCAGAUGCGCGAUUGUGUGUCCACAUUAAAUGUUGCGCGAAGGUAAGGCAUACAGCCUCUUGUGAAAAGGAACAUUCAGAGAGAAGCCAGCUAUCUAAGUAAUUGAUUUCAGGAUAUUCAGAACUAUAACUGAACAGAACAUUUAUUGAGCUUUUGUCGCAGGUGGUGAGGAGUCGGCCAGAUGAACUAGAUCCAGGGGAACUCGUAGCCGGGGACAUGACUGAUCCGUUGGCUGUUUUCUGGUGAAUGGAUUAGGGUGUGCUGUGACCAUGCGUUGCCUGGCGGCCCGGGUCAACUACAAGACCCUGAUCGUCAUCUGCGCCCUCUUCACCCUCCUCACCAUGCUUCUGUGGAACCGCUGCUCCAGCGACACCGCCCUGCGCUUCCUCCCGCGGGCCCCGCCGCCACCCCCCAGCGCCAAGGGGGGCGACGCCAGCAUUAGCAGCCAGCAGCAGCCCCCGGAGCCGCCGCCCAUAGUAGGCGGAGCUGCCGGCAUCAAGUACGAAGAGAUGGACUGCCUGAUUAACGACGACGUCACGAUAAAGGGUCGGCGGGACGGUGCUGAAGUGUACUUUCCUUUCAGCUGGCUGGAGAAGUACUUUGAGGUGUACGGCAAGGUGGUGCAGUACGACGGUUACGAGCGCUUUGAGUUCCAGCACAGCUACUCCAAGGUGUACGCGCAGCGCGAGCCCUACCACCCGGACGGCGUCUUCAUGUCCUUCGAGGCAUACAACGUGGAGGUGCGCGACCGCGUCAAGUGCAUCAGUGGAGUGGAAGGCGUGCCCCUCUCCACCCAGUGGGGUCCCCAGGGUUACUUCUAUGCCAUCCAGAUCGCCCAGUACGGCCUGAGCCACUACAGCAAGAACCUGACGGAGCGGCCACCCCAUGUGGAGCUGUACGACGCGGCUGAGGAGAAGGACAACCGCGCGGGCUCACCCAGCGGUCCCUGGACGGUCCCCAAGGGCUGCAGCCUCACACGGCUCCACGACAAGGGCCGUGCCACCUCUGUGCGCCAGUUCAGUGCCCCAGAGAACUCUGAAGGUGUCUCCCUCCCCCUGGGCAACUCCAAGGACUUUAUCAUCUCCUUCGACCUCAAGUUCACCUCCAACGGAAGCGUGUCUGUGGUGCUGGAGACCACGGAGAAGGGCGCGCCCUUCAUCAUCCACUAUGUCACUUCCGCUCAGCUCAUCGCCUUCAGUGGCCGCGACAUCACCUACGGCAUCGGGCCCCGUGCUGCCUGGUCCACGGUCACCCGGGACCUGCUGACCGACCUGAGGAAGGGCGUGGGCCUGUCCAACACCAAGGCCGUCAAGGCCACCAAGGUGAUGCCGCGGCGGGUUGUGCGACUGAUAGUCCGUGGGCGCGGUGCCAUCGACAACGUCACCAUCUCCACCACGGCGCACACGGCUGCUUUCUUCGCCGCCAGUGACUGGCUGCUGCGCAACCAGGACGAGCGUGGCGGGUGGCCCAUCAUGGUCACACGCAAGCUGGGCGAGGGCUUCCGCCCGCUGGAGCCUGGCUGGUACUCCGCCAUGGCGCAGGGCCAGGCCAUGUCGACUCUGGUCCGCGCCUACCUGCUCACCAAGGACCAGACGUACCUGAACGCUGCGCUGCGUGCCACAGGCCCCUACAAGCUGCACUCUGAACAGCACGGCGUCAAGGCUGUCUUCAUGAACAAGUACGACUGGUACGAGGAGUACCCCACUACACCAGGCUCCUUCGUGCUCAACGGCUUCAUAUACUCGCUGCUCGGUCUCCACGAUCUGGCCGAGACGGCGGGCGAGAAACUAGGCCGGGAGUCUGGCCUGUUGUUCUCCAGGGGCAUGGAGUCCCUCAAGGCCAUGCUGCCACUGUAUGACACUGGCUCGGGCAGCAUCUACGACCUGCGGCACUACAUGCUGGGCACAGCCCCCAACCUGGCACGCUGGGACUACCACACCACGCACAUCAACCAGCUGCAGCUGCUGGCGUCCAUCGAUAACGCGCCCAUCUUCCGGGACGUGGUGAAGCGCUGGAAGAGCUACCUGAAGGGGGGGCGGGCCAAGCACAACUAGGAGCCGGUCCUGGACCAUGAACUCUUUGGGGAGGUGUGGGAGGGGAGUGUGUGGUAUGUCUGUGUGUGUAGCCUACGUAGCUACGUGUGUGUGCACAUUUCUGUGUGUGUAGCCUACGUAGCUACGUGUGUGUGUGCACAUCUCUGUGUGUGUAGCCUACGUAGCUACGUGUGUGUGUGCACAUCUCUGUGUGUGUAGCCUACGUAGCUACGUGUGUGUGUGCACAUCUCUCUGUGUGUGUAGCCUACGUAGCUACGUGUGUGUGUGCACAUCUCUGUGUGUGUAGCCUACGUAGCUACGUGUGUGUGUGCACAUCUCUCUGUGUGUGUAGCCUACGUAGCUAUGUGUGUGUGUGUGCACAUCUCUGUGUGUGUAGCCUACGUAGCUACGUGUGUGUGAUCUGGUUACAGAGAAGAUGAAAGGUAUGUUCAGUCUAAAAGCGCUAAAUGUUUGCGGUGCCGUUCGUCCCGGGUCUUAUUUUUGCCACUGUAAUUGCAGCUGUGGUCUAUUCCGAGCUCGCUGUUGUAAUUAUGUGCAAACAUAGCUUCAGGGAGUGUGUCUGUGUGUAUGGGAGAAAAAGGGUGCACCCCCCCCCCCAUUUGUCUCUUCACUCAUCAGGAUGCUACAGAAGAAGAAUGUCUUGAGUGGGUUUAUUGAAUAGCAUUGUUCCAACACUUUAUUCCUUCACUAGUCUCCCCUCUAAUGUUCACCUGUGUUUUGGGAUGGCUGAAGAACUAGCUGACUGAAACCAUACUGUCAAUACUAGAUGGAGUAGGAUAUGAGUCUAAUUUAUAGACUCUUAUUGGAGGAGAGUCUUUCUCAAUUCUGAAUGUUGGAUCAGCUUUUCCCCCGACCGACCAGUUACAGCAGUGAUUAUAGUUGUUUUGAACGUACCACAUGUUAUUUGUUGUUCUAGGAAAGUAAAUAGUCCACCGAUUGGUGUUCAGAGUACAAAGAUAAGGAGCUACUAUCGUCAUUCACUAAGAAGCUCCCCGGGAUUAUCAUGAGUAACCCCAGAUGUAGAAUCAGUUUACUUUAACCCAACCUAAAACAUCAGUGUCCAAUAAAUAGAUCUGACUUGCGAUCAGCGGCAGGGUAGCCUAGUGGUCAGAGCGUUGGACGGAAGGUUAACCGGAAGGUUGCAAGUUCAAAUCCCCGAGCUGACUCUUAGGGGCAACAACUUCUCACCCCCUCAAGCUAACAUCCCAUUCCCAUAGGCCUCAUAACCACCUCACCACAAUCUCAUUUUGGGGGGCGAAGAUUGAACCCUGCGGAGCCCCGUAGUCCUAAUCUGUUCAGGGGCGGUGUCCGUGUAGCUGCUCUCAGGUCAGUUUGAUUGCUCUGGGACAAGGGUUGUAUUUCAGCCCAGCAAUGGGAGGCAGCAUCCCCGAUCCCCGGCCACAACGAGCUCCCAUUACAGCUCCCUGGGGUCGGCCCAUCAUCCUUCACAUACUGGAGCCAGAGGCAUUCGCUAUAGUCGUUACAUUACAUCCUAUCUUUUCCCAUUGCCAGGAAAUGGCCGCCUCCCCUCAGUCUCAGUCUGGAGUUCAUGUCCAUUAUAAAUCCAUCUUGAAUUAUUCCUUAGUGAUUUCACUCAUUUUAAUUUCACCAUGGGUUGAUUUUCGUGAACCCUCUCCAGUUGAGUGUCUGAUCAGCAAAUGAAAUGUAGAUGAAUGUAAUUUCUCAUUGAAUAUUGUGAUUGUUUCAGUAACACUGACAUCAUAUCCAUAUCCUAUUUUACAUUCAUUGUCAGAAAUACUGGCUACUACAUUACAUUUUAAUUACGCUAUCAAUCAUCUGGAAAUUAUAUCAAUCAUUUGCUAAUCAAUACACUACAAUUCUGGAAACGUGUGUGUGUGUGUGUGUGUCUGAGAGAGUGGGCAGAUUGAGGCGUCAUGUUCGAGGAACACUGUCAACAUCUGUAGUUUCUCAACAAGAACAUCGCCGGCGGCUGAGGUUGUUUUGAACGCUGCCCUAAUUCUUGGCACGCGGAGACGCUAGCGGAAAGCAAGCUAAUGACAGUCGGGCUUUCUCCCAUCCGUUAGCAUGCGUGGGCUCAGGCCUGUUCAAUCUCCCUGCCUGGCCUAUUGACAGGUGGAUGUGAGUGAAGAGGGCUGCAGAGCCACCUCUCAUUCAGACGGUUAAUAGGCUGGAGUCCUGAGAGCCUGUCGGUGGAGCAGCCGCGGCAGCAGGGAAUGAUUCAGCUUUUAACUGACUGGUAAACAAUGGCUGGCCAAGACCAAGGAGACAGUUUCACCUCUGACUGAUGUGGAGUCAGAUCAGAUUGGCUGUGAGAAGAAUGUUCUGUGGCUGUGGUUCAGACGGAUCGGGUUUCACCGUCUCCGACCGGCUACAGGAAUUGUAAAGUGCGUAAGAGGACUGAAAUGUUGUUUUUUUUGUUCAAAGGACCAUUUCUCCCCUUUUUCCUAAAUGACUUUUGAACUUGAUAAAGGACUGAAUCUGCCGACUUCAGUGACGUUGGCUCUUUGAGGUGACGCCAAUGACGUGUAAAAUAAUGACAGGAAAAGACAAAAAGCUCCUGCUGGUGUGAGUCGGGUGCUGCUGUCAGAGAGGAGACGGUAAGAAGAGUGUGAGCUCCAUGUUUUCAUUAGCACAUGCAGAGGAAAUGGGGUUAACCUUCAUUUACUCUCAGUGAAAUUUACUGUCAGUCCAGGUGCAGUAGUUCUCAAACUCAAAGCCCCAACCUUGUGUUUCCUAUCCUGGUCCCAGAUCUGUUUUAGCACGACAAUGACCAUAGGAUUUCACAAGACGGCACAAACGCAUCUGAGACCAGGUAGUGUGUGUGUGUGUCUACCUGCUCCAUCUGAUCUCCCAGGUUCCAUGUCAGUCACGGGGUUCAGAUGGUCACCUCUUCACCCUCUGUGACCCUUGCCCUCUUGUGCCCUGCUCUGAUUUCAUUCUGGAGGCCAAGUCAUCGUUUGCUGAGAAAUUGCACUCUGAACCUGUCAUAACUUGAUCCCCUGAUUUGGAUAUUCAAUGGAUAUUGUUUGAUUCUCUUAAUCAUUGGUUGAUCAUGUCUAUCUCAUUUCUUCACAUGAAUACCACUAUGCAUAUUUCAUACUUUGCCGGGACUAAGAAUGAAGUACAUUCUUUAAAGGGAUAUUGGGACAGUCAGGCGUACCAAUAGGGCCUGUGUUUAUUGAGCGCUUCAUUUUGUUCAUACCAAAGUCUUUAAAAGUCCAGGUUGUUUGAGGUGUUCUUAAUUGUUUUGUUUCUGCAGAUUUUCCAUGAAGCAUUUUGUUUGUCAGUCUCAAGUCUGAGAUAUCACAAGAUGACAAACGAUAAUGCUUAAACAAGAGUUUCCCUCCUCAGAGACAACGGGGGGGAAAUCGACUGCCUUUCGGGAAAAUGUAGUUUUUUAAAUGUAGAUUCUAAUAGAGUAGUGUCGGAAGUUCUAGUGAACAGAAGAUGUGUAAAACUCUCCUGUCUAAUGGGAUGUGUGCAACCGUACAUCUAGUGUUGGUGCUCGGUCACAUUUCAAAGGGAAAAAUAGGCUCCUAACUGCAGGUUCUCCUGGAGGGGGUUGUAGUUUACCAGCUUGCUUUGUUUAGCGUUGGUUUACAUGGUGGAAGGAUUUGCUUUAGGGUCAGCUGUUUUGUUUUUUGUUGUUGAGUAAAGCACAAUCACAGGCUCCAUUAGUUGGUCUAUAUUUCUGUUGGAUUUAGUUUCUUCUGGACAAUGUGCAACGCCUUCCUUUUGAAAGCUGCUAUUGUUUUUCACUGUGUAAAGGAAUCUUUCUCGUCGUUAUUUUCUCUCCUUUUCAACUUGAUUCUUUCCACUAUCCUGUAAAUUGACAUGUGCGAAUCACAUGUGACUUAUGCAAUAAAAUGUAGACUGGGUCCCAGCUGCCGAGGGGCGCCCAGAGAGCGGUUGUACAGACAAGCACAAUGUGCACAUGCUACCAUUUUUUUAUGCAGAGAAAAAGUGUUUAUAUAUAAGAGUGAAUCUUUGUGCUUAAAAAGUCGCUUUUUAAAGUUGUAAAAUAAAUACAUUUUUCUUAA